AUGGGUAAUACUUCUACUGACAACACUACCAAUUUCAAUACUCUUAAUAAAGAUAGUAAUAAUAAUCAAACAUUACCAUAUUAUCAAAUAAGUAAAUUAUUUGUAAUGUGUGGUAUUGUUUGCUUAGAAUUUUUUUUCAUUCAUCUUAUUUUAGCGAUAGUAAUGAAAGGAUUUGGUCUUCAAGUAUAUUUUUUCCAAACAAUAAUUUGUUCAUUAGUUGUUAUUAAUUUCAUGUAUUACAGAUAUAGCAUGAGUGGAAAUGUUAUUACUCUUAAUACAUUUAUUCAAGAAAUUUUUACAUUCAAAGGAAAAGUAAUUUCAACACUUAUAAAAGCAGGAAUAGGUUUUAUAAGUAUUUUCUGUCUUCGAGUUAUUUUAUAUUAUUGUCAUAUUGACACUUCUAAUUUAUUUAGUAAUUUUUACACCGAUGGAGAGUUAGAUAUUCCUGUUGUUAUUGACAAUCUUUUUUUCUCUGUUAUAACAGAAGAAAUUGGCUUAAGACGAAGUAUGCUUAACACAAUUAAAACUUAUGCUUCAACAUCUAAAAACUAUCUCUUUAUCAUAUCAGGAAUUUGGUUUGGUCUAAUUCAUUUUGUUAAUAUCGGCACUUCUUCAUUUACUGUUACUUAUGUUUUAUUCCAAAUGUCUUAUGGCAUGAUCAUCGGUUAUACUUUCGGUAUCUUCACUGAAUAUCUUGGUAUUUUCCCAACUAUCAUUCUUCAUUCAAUGAAUAACGCUUGUGCCAUUUUUAUUCCUUUUGUUUUCUCACCUUUCCUUCUUCUAUAUUCAACUUUAUCCGCUUUAUUAUUGAUUUAUUUAUCACAUAAAUUACUAAUAUCUCAUUCUCUUUAA